AUGGAAGGAAGAGAGCGAAUAAACGCUGGAAGCUAUUUACCAGGGCGUAAUUUUCACUUUCCAUUCGAAUUCAACGAUACAGACAGACUUGGACCGUGGGACAUUUUACUCAGUGAAGGCACAAUUAGAGAUUUACAGGACAUAUUGUUCAAAGAAGACGUCAAUGAUAUGCAUGUAGAGUCACCUCUCACUAUUGAAAAAGUUAUGAAAAAACUCAGGCAGAUAUCUUCCGGAGCAUGGAAAAAGUACGGACUCCAAUGUGAGGUGUCAUCUCUCACUAUACCUAUCUAUGAAGCUGAACUUCCCAACAGUGAUAUAAAGAUUCUCUGGCAGAUUGACUACGGGUUUUCUAUUCGUAGUAAUUCGUCUACACAACAUGUAAAGGUUUGGACCAUCACUGCAUGCCAAGAAAAGUUUAUCACAACAUUAAAAACUCUCGAAAGAGUUCAUAAGGUCUACAGUUCUAAGCAGAUUCGUCGAUGCAAAAUACAAAAUUUAGGCAAUGACAAUGUCGUUUUACCGGGAUGCUUUGGAGAUAUUGAGAAAACAAGAUUCGCUGACGUUGCGAAGAACGAUAAGAGGCUACUAACAGUCCAUAAAAUGCUUGUUACAAAUAAAUUUUUUCCUAUUUCAAGGAAAUUGUUUAAGUCACUAAUUAUGAGUGGCUCGGACUUCGCCUUUCAAGUAUCUAAGAAAGAGUACGAGAUAAUUAACAAUCCUACAUCGACGAUUGUUUUCGGUCGAUCUGGGACCGGCAAGACCACAUGUAUCGUAUUUAGACAGCUCGCUUCAUAUCUGACUAGCCAAUUUUAUAAAACGCCAUCUUUGCAUGACAAUGACGAGGAUUUCUACAAAAGGCAAAUAUUUAUUACGGCGAACACCUUUCUACGCUCAAAGAUAAAGAAUUACUUCAAUCAAUUACAUAAUUCGGCAAUGCUUUCUGGAAAAAAGAUAUCGAAGGCUGAUUUUAUUGAGUGGAAGAAAACAUACGGCAAUAAGUCACUAAUUGUCAAUACUAUGCAUGAAGAGGAUGACGAAAAUCAUCCAAGUGUUACUCCUUUCCGUCUGCUGACUGACCAUGAUUUUCCAUUAUUCCUCACCUAUGAAGAGUUUUCGGAAAUGCUUCAGGAAACCUACAGUAUUGACAUUCGAAAGUUGACUACAAAACAAAAACAAAAGCUCGAUACGGAUGACCAUAAUGAGGAGGAAUACCACAUUAGGUCUUCCUUUAAGAACAUGUCAAACGCUUCAUGGGCCCGUUUUGUUGACUAUAAUCUAUUUGAAGCAAAGUAUUGGCCUCGUUUCGCAGAUAAUUAUAGAAAAAAGCUAGAUUGCGAGCUAGUAUAUGCUGAGUUUUCCAUUAUCAAGGGCAUGAAUAUUGAAGCGGAAUGUCUAUCAAGGGAAGAAUACCGUUCCAUAAGUACCAGAAAAUACCCAACAUUCUGUCACAACCGUGACGAAAUUUAUGAUUUAUUUGAGCGAUAUAAAUACAUAAAAGCGGGGAAUUUUGACUUUGAUGCGGUUGAUCGAACACUAGACAUAUUACGCGCAACCAAAACGAAAACGUUUGAUGGCCCGCACAUUCAUGAAUUGUAUAUUGACGAAUGUCAGGAUAAUCAUAUUGUAGAUUACGAGCUCAUGUUCAAAAUCUUCGAUGGUGCGGACAGUAUUUUUAUGGCCGGUGAUGUAGCGCAAUGCAUUGCCCGGGGAUCUUCAUUUCGAUUCCAGGAUUUAUACACAUUAAUGUACCAACGGAAUCUCAGUCGAAUCCAAUCUGAAAAUACCCAUUACAAUCUAUUAAAACCAGAAAAGUUUGAACUAGAUGUUAACUACCGAUCACACAACGGGAUUCUUCGACUUGCUUCAUCAGUAAUCCAACUCAUCGAGAAAUUCUUUCCUGAUUCUAUUGACAAAAUGGCACCGGAAUACGGUGAGAUUGACGGUCCAAAACCUCUCAUUUUCGAGGAUUAUCAGGCUAAUACCUUGUUCAUAACCGACAUUAAUGAUGAGAAAAACAUUAAAAAGAAUGAGGAUACUUAUAUUGAAUUUGGAGCUAACCAGGUUAUCAUUGUACGUGAUGCUGAAGCUAAAAAACGAGUGAUGGACAAUAUCAGCGAUAUUGGAUUGGUAUUGACUGUGUUCGAGGCAAAAGGUUUGGAGUUUAAUGACGUAUUAUUGUAUGAUUUCUUUGCCGAUUCGCCUGCCCGAUCAAAUUGGCGAGUAAUUCUCUCCGCUUUGGAUGGCUAUUCUGAAGGAAUUCGUACUUUUUCUCAUGAGAAACAUUAUAUCCUUUGUUCGGAAUUCAAGCAUCUUUAUGUCGCAGUAACAAGAGCCCGAAUGCGUCUUUGGAUUUUUGAUGAAAAUGCUGAGUUUAGCGAGCCAAUCCGGAGGUACUGGAAAUGUAAGAAGCUAGCUGAAGUAGCAAAAGAAAACAUUUCUUCUUUGCUUAAAAGGAGUAGUCAUUUCGAAUGGAAUGAAGUUGGAAAGUCGUUUUUUGAGCAACAGAAAUAUGAACAGGCUGUUUUCUGCUUCAAAAAGAGUAAAAACGAGAAGAACGAGAAGUUAGCCCGUGCGUAUCUUCGUCGAAAAGAAGCCAGAACUUCCUUCGUAUCCGGUUCUGAUGAAAAAACCGUAAAGUCCAAAUUUAUUUCCGCCGCUCAGGCCUUUGUAGAAUGUUCUCGGUUGUCAAAAGCAGCUUCCUGCUAUGAGAAUAUAGAUAUGUAUUGUGAGGCCGGUAUUUGUUACGUUAAAUCAAAUAUGUUUGAGUCUGCUGCGCAUUGUUAUUUUAAAGCCAAGAUGUGGAACGAAGCAGGUGUAUAUUUUGAAAAGGUAAAGAAGUAUGAUGAUGCCGUUAUUUCCUAUAAAAAUGGCAGCCUUUAUGAAACGGUAACCAAUUUGAUUCAAAGAGAAGAAGUUGACAAUGAUACAAUUCUCCUUCUAAACAUCCAUUUUCGUAAAGAAGCAGAAAAGCUACGUUCAUAUGAUAAGUUCGAAGAGGCAGCCAACAUGUUUAUGCGUUCGAUUGACGUUGAAGGGGAUAGAAUUGAUGCGCUACAGUGCUUAUUGUACCAAUGCCGAGUUCAUAUAUUGAAAAAAAUAAUUAGUCUUACAAGUACAAAUAUUCUACAGGAAUUGCAUGGGCUUCAUUCAAAAGCAGCCGAGAUUGUUCUGAAAGUUAAAUCAAAAUCUGAAUAUUGGAAGAAUCUAACGGUAGAAUUUCAGUGCUAUUCUUCUUAUUUGAAUAAGAAACUCAAUAAAGUCCAUGAGUGCAUACAAUUUUUCAGAAAUCGUGAAGAGCUUGUCACUGAGUUUUUUGCGAUAGUCACGUGGCUUCAGGUUCCCUCGCCGUCCGAUAUCAAUAUCAAUUAUUGGGAUGAACGGUUACAAUGCCUGCUGAGACUGUGUAAAUUGUCCUUAUCUUUUAUAGCCCCGCAAAAAAACGACGAUAUUGCAAAAAUUUCUAAAGUUUUUGAAGAUAUUUGUUUUGUAAGCAGAGUAAAAAAUCCUUAUAAAAGAAAAGUUUCUUAUUACAACCCUCUUUAUUAUUUUAUGGACAUCAAGCAUAAUGAAAAUGAAGAAAUUACGAACUUUUGGAAUGUUUAUGACGUGGAUUUAGUGCAUCAAAAAAUUUCGCAGUUCCUUACCUCGUAUAUCUACGAGUUAAUUUCGAAAGCCGAUCAGGAUGGUAGAAAUAAUCCGGAUAUAGCUUCAAGAAUCUGCUAUAAUUUUGCAUCAUCGAAUAAUUGUCAAGAUCCAAAUUGUCGAAUGUAUCACAUAGUUCCAACACCAUUACUUUUAUUCCAGCGCCUGAAACUUGCGAGACUCCAAUAUACAGUGGUGCGACAGUUGGAUGUAUUAUGCCGUUAUGAGCUUCAUAAGGAAGAGAUAAAUAAUUCACAAAAGUGGUGGGCUGAAACUCUGGUUAAAUGUCAUAUGUGUUAUCAAUCACCUCAGACAAGCUGUCCAGAAGUUACUCGUAUGGUUCUGACCAAACUUUCUGUCCACAUCCGUGAUGAUCUUAUCAAUGACGUUUACAAGAUAUGGUUAUUUAAUGAGUUCAAGGAUGCCGAUAACUUUGAAGUAAUGUUAAAACGCAUGUUUGUUAUUCAGCAGCUUCAGGACAAAAAGAUCAUUGAUGAAUUUUAUCAGGAGAUGUCGAAAACAAAAAUUCUUUCACACCCUAGCUAUCUGCCCGUAGGUUUUGAAUAUUAUUGUGGAAAUUAUCAAAUGAUCCCGGUUGGAAGGCAUCUCGCGCUAUUUUUCUCAUUUCUUCACACUAAUAAAGUGAUCCACGCGAUUACAAGCUCAGGGGCGUUUAUUAAUUAUGCUAUAAAAAAUAUUGAAAAGGUCAAUCUGGUAUCAUCUGAUGCUCUUGGUGAAUUUGCGUUUCUCAUGGAAUUUACGACAUCUUUGAUUUUUGCAGUUGGUCAAGAGUAUUGCGAUUUUUGUCUUCCUCGAUCUUAUCUGAUAAAUUACUUUGAUGUAUUCACCGUGAAUCCUCUCAUUCCGGGACGAACUAUUUAUAGCAGAAAAAAUUAUUUAUCUGUAAUCAAUAAUUUCAUUGAUCAAGUUCAACAGCUUCUGGACUUACUUUUUUGCAAGGAAGAGACUUACUUGCCGAUUAUCCUUCGACUAUUACGACUUUUGGUCCUUAUCAACCUAAAUGAAACCACUUUUACGCAAAAGAUUCUUAAUCUCUUCAAAUACUUUUUCAGCAAAAACAAAAUCUUUUCUAUAAAAAUCAAAACAUUCCUAGAAGAGAAUCGUUUGGUACGCCUUGUGGCCGUUCUGCAUAAUGAUCUCCGGGAGAUGCGCUGUGACUCCUUGGUUAUCGUUCGUUACCAAAGUAAUAGCAUAUCGAAAUUUGCUUACUUUGAAAAAUAUGAUGGUAUCAAAAACCUCACAUACAAUUCUAUUGGGAAAUUUCGUUCUUCCCUUCGGAAAAUCAUAUCCUCCGCUACCGGCAUCCCAGUAGAUCAACUCAUUUGA